AUGCCCCCUCAAGAGAAAGAGACCCUUAUUCAGAGAAGCUCCGAAAAUGACCUCGAAAGCCGGCCCUUGUCCGCGAUCGAGGUCCAAAUGGAUAAUAUAAAUGCGACAAUCUGCUACGCUGCAGUAGUCCAACUUCGAGAACCCCUGGAUAAAGAGCGAAUGGCCAAAGCUUGGGCGAAUUCAAGAGCGACAGAACCACACCUGCAAGUUUCAACAAAAGGCGGGUGGAUCCAACAGGUUCCCGAAGAAUUAUGGCAGGAACCAGAAUUUCUGGAAGUUCCAGAGAGCAACUUUCGGCAGGCUCAAAUGGAGGCGAAUAUUAGACUUGGUGAAAUGAAGAAUGAAAAUACUUGUAGUCAUCUUAUUGUUUGUCAAGAUGGCUUGAAAAUCCAGCUGAUUAUUCGAAUUCCGCACUCAAUCUCCGAUGGCACUUCUCUCAUGCUGAUCGUCAAUCACAUCUUGAGUCAAUAUGACAACUUGCAACGACCAAAAGUAAACUCGCCCCUCCCAAGGCCGGCGUCAGAGCUUCAACCAGAAAUCGACCCAAAGUUCAUCGAGAAUUUCAAAAAGCGAUAUCAUCGCGAUCUGAUCGAGUUCAAAAACACGGUACCCCAUGAACUCGUUGAGAACCGAAACGGAAAUGCUUUUCUUACCACCGGUUUCGGAACUCCCGAAGGAGCUGCGAAUCUUCUCAAGUUUUGCCGAGCAAAUGGCAUAACUAUCGGCUCUUUUCUUGCUGCUUCCGUCACCUUUAUCAACGCGCAAAUGACAAAAACGUUCAAUGAAAACUUCAAAUUGGAUGUGGAUUACAACUUGCGCGACAGAUUCCCCAAAAAGAUCGGUAACAACACAGUUUCUUGCUACAUCGGCUGGCCAUCUCUUCGACCAAACGCGAUUCCAUCCGAUUCUCUCCUAGCCGUCGCCAAAAAAAUUCACCAAGAACUGAAGCUUCAAAUGUCCGAAGAAAGCCACCAUCAAUUCGAUUCAAUCGCUGAUUUGUUGAAAGAAAACGGCGCAAUUUACGACGCUAUCGCUGCUGAAAACAAUGGAGUAAACGCUUCGAUCAAUUUCUCGAAUGUUGGCAAGUACAAGUUCUCGACAAAGUACGAAAAGAGCGAAAUUCUCGAGCUCUAUUGUACUGGAAAUGGAUGGGCAAAUGUUUGCGAGUACUGUACGUUGUUCCAGACGACUGACAAGAUCUGUAUCUCCAUCACACAUACUGACAAGCCAGCUUAUCAUGAAGCAGCGAAGAAACUGGUUCAAGAGCUGAUCAGAUUCACUGAAGAUCCAGAUGAAGCUGGCCAGAUUAUUCUUUCAACCCUUCUCUAA